AUGAUCGAUUCAUGCUAUAUCGCGAAAAGACUUUAUGCAACGAAAGUGAGCAUCGGCGAAGACGAACGGGCACCAGGUACGCUGUUGAUAGAUAUGCUUGGUAUAAAUGCUCAUAACGUACUUCGCCCCUCGGAAUUCGUUCUCAACCCGCCACACCAGCAGGAUGAUGUCCCUCCGGCUCAUGACUAUUCAUGGUACCAUGGGGAGAUUCUAGACUCAUCUCAGCUCUCAACCGAUCCACGCUCUGGGAAGACUUCAUUAGAUUUAGGCCCAGCAUAUGUACAGAGCCCAAGCCUGCACACCGAUUGCGAUCUUUCGCAAGGUAUGGACGGACCAGUCGAGCGUAAGAGCAGCCGAGAGCGUGACACUCUCCGAGCUCUCGAGGAGUUCCCCUUGAGGGUAGUCCUGACAUCCAUGCCGGAUAUUAUCAACCAAUUACAAGAAAUAAUUCAACUCUCUCAUGGAGUCCAUGGAGAGCAAGACGAAGAGUGGAGAGAAUUGGUCGCUGAGUGCGCUCGUGUACAGGUGGUACUGGAGAACAUAAACAGCACUCGCAGACGGAUAGCCACGGUUGAAGUCGAUUUUGUCACCGAGAUCGAUUGCAUCGCGAAAUCGGCAGCACCCUCUGCUGCCAGCGUUCUACGAUUGCUUAAUUGUAUUGGGAUGAACCGUGGUUGGAGAAGUUUGCACAGCUCGAAGAUCUACGGAACUCUCAUGCCUCCAGCUUCUAUACUAGAACAUGAUGCACGCAAGCUCGGACAAGAUAUUGUGGAAAGGGCCAAGCAAAAGCGACUGAUACUAGUCUCGCAUUCGUUCGGAGGCAUGAUUAUGGAAGAGGCCUUAUCUGGACUCGGCUCGAGCAGAAAUAGAGAGUGGCUCCGAAGCCGUAUAGCAGGGAUGAUAUCUUUGGAUUGGAGUGGACUGCUCAGUCCUGUCGAUUGGCCUAUGAACCUUGAUUGCCCCGGAAGCUCAGGCUGGAACAUCCCCGUUCGUAAGAUCAAGCAUACAGCCGCGAUCGUGCCUGAGCAUGCACAAAUCUAUGAAGAAUUUCCGCGUCGCUCUCAAUUCUCCGGACUGAACGUCCGCAUGAUUUCUGGGGCACGAAACACCGAGAUCUGGUGUGAUGUCGAAGACGUGGUGGAUUGCACAUCCUGGUCGAUGCUCCGACUCCUUGCGGUUGAGCAAGGCAACCAGCUUGGCCACAAUCCAUUAUCUCUGAGCUUGAACUCGCAAGCGUUACUAGACCAUCCAACAUCGCGGUCAGCAUAUUCGCUCGAGCGUGCUCUGCAAGCCAACGGUUUAGGGAAGGCCAGGAUCAUUCUGAGAGCGCUUCGCUGGGUUGCCUUCACUCUGCGGCUUCUGGAUAUUGAUGAGCUAUUCUCAGCAGUCCUUACAAUGACGGCCGAAUCAGAAUGCUAUACAUUCGGUCUCAGAGACUCCAGCGAGCUCGUUGAACUUUGUGCGCACCUUCUCGUUAUGGACGACGAUAGACACGUUCAAUUCUGCGAUCGUGACUUGAGGAAUCUGAUUCUUUGCCCGGAGAUAUCAACAGUCGAUCCUUGCCAGCAUACCCAAGUUCACGAGAUGAUCGCUACGGUUUGUCUGCGUCAUGUUCAAUGUCUACACCAACAAAGUAUCUUCAGGCCGUGGUUACUUACUGGUGACUGGCUACAUGCGCAGGUCAAGCGCUGUCAAUUUUGGAAUUACUCGACAUCCUUCUGGUAUGAACACUUCCGGAUUGCCGAAGGUAGCAGCCAGGAGCUUCCCGCGAUUCUAUAUCGCAUACUUCAAUCGGCUCUAUUAGAGGAUAGAUUGGAGCUGGGUCCUGGAGAAACGAUCUCGGACCACAGGAUUAACAUCGGCCUAUGGAUCUGUGCCCAAUAUGAUCUAAGCAUCCUUGGUAGAACACUCCUGGAAAUGGGCGCAGAUGUAGAUUACAAGCACACGGUGGGUGGCACGUCUUUACAUGGCGCGGCCACAAACUCUAGCGCCAAUAUGCUAAAGUUGCUUUUGACAGCAGGCGCAGAUAUAGACUCUUUGGAUCAAAACGGAAUGACUGCCUUGCACUACUCCUCGAUAUCUGGUUUCUCUGAUGUAGUCUCUCUUCUCUUGGAUCGCGGAGCCAACGUCGACGUCCAGCCCGCCUCCCCUCCCUGUGACCACUCUUAUACACAUCUGACCGGGACAACCGCGUUACAUCUGGCUGCAGGUCAUGGACAUGCUGCCGUCGUCAAAAUUCUUCUUGAAGCAGGUUCAAACCUCAAUGCGACCACAAGGUGUAAGGAGACACCCUUGCAUUUUGCGGCGGAGCAUGGAGACUACAAUACUUUUCGGCACCUGAUUGAAUCUGGUGCUGAUCUAGAAGCUGAAACUGCCGCAUCGGAAACAGCUUUGGAAAUUGCAAUCGAGGAGAGACAUGAUUCGAUUGUCAACUUCCUCAUCGAGCGAGGCGCAAAGCCGCGGAUGACCUCCUUAGCAGAUAUUGAAUAUCUAGAGAAGGUGGGUAGCGGUCAAUUCCUUGAUAACGAGCUUCAGCAAUUCAAAAAUCUUACGCUACAACACAACAUUAGGCCGUUGAGUUGUGCAACGUCCACCUACGGAUCAGGAACACCAUUUUCUGAGGUACCUGAGUGGCGUGAACAGAAAUGCCAGCUCGGUUCCGAUCUAGAUGAUGACGAGUGGUCUUUAAUCGAUCAAGUCGACGAGAUCGAGUACACAGAAGGCAAAGGUUAUCAAGAAUCUGUCAUUGGAGGCGCCGGCACCUAUGCCGCCAUCGGCGCACGUCUAGUCGCUGGUGCAGAGCAUUCAGAAUCUGUUGGCUGGAUUGUCGACACAGGCUCUGACUUCCCAACUGACUUCCGUCGCACGAUAGAUUCGUGGCAAACCAGCUGUCUCUUCCGAGAAGACAGAAACCGACUGACGACAAGGGCCUGGAAUAGGUAUGGCCCAGAAGAUCACCGUGACUUCAAGUACUUGACGCCAAAAAUCCGACUUGAUCACCACUCGCUCUCGGUUCAACUUCUUCGUUCACAGGCAUUCCACUUGGUGUGCUCGGCGGAGCGGUGCAUGGAUCUCGUUGACAACUUACUAGCCAGACGAGUGGCAGAGGAGAACGACAAGAAGAGCAAGUGGCCCAGGCCUCUCUUCAUCUGGGAACCAGUUCCAGACCUCUGUACCCCGGAUCACAUUGACAGCUUCAGACAAGCAAUACGGCAAGUCGAUAUUGUAAGCCCGAAUGGGGAGGAGCUCGCCGGCUUCUUCGAUGGAGAGUACAGUUCACGAGAUGACAUGGCAGCCAAAGUGCUUGAAUGGGGGAUUGGCCAAGACAGCGGAGGUUCACUGGUGGUUCGCGAAGGAAAACAUGGUUGCUCCGCAUUUAUAAGGGGACAUCGCAUUCAUCUCAACGCGUAUCAUGCCCAACUCGAAGAAUCACAGUCAAAGGUGGUGGAUCCGACCGGCGGCGGAAAUGCGUUUCUAGGAGCACUGGCAAUGGCGAUAGGUGAUGAUGUCUGCUGCCCAUCAAAGGUCGAGGUCGGUCGAGUUCUGGGACUGGACAAGGAUUUGAUGCCUAACCAAUGUUCCGAUCUGGUAAUCUCACUAAUAUAUGCUAUCGUUGCUGCAAGCUUCGUCAUCGAGCAGCCGGGCAUGCCGAACCAUCAACUCCAAAGUAGUCUGAAUGAAACCUGGAACGGAGAGUGUUUUGGAGACAGGCUAAUGGCAUAUACCAGAAGGGAGAAGGACGAUCUCAGCAGGCAAAUGAAAUGGCAAGCCCAGAAGAACAAUUGA